AUAAAUCCAAAACGCAGUCACCUCUCCAUCUCCUCCAAUUCCAUUUUCGAUCACUCUCUCCUCAUUCAUGCCUCCCAAUGCAUAAUAGAUUCAAGACCCAUAGGCCAUAACCCAUUGCCACUCCCUAUUCUUCCUGUCUGGGUUUUGUGCUCUGCUUUUACUGUCUUUUUUGGUAAUACUAUACACCAUUUAAAUAUUAAAAAGAGAAGCUUUUAGUUUUGAGUCUUUUGCUGAAAUCCCAUUUUAAAAAAGAGGCCAUUUUUCUUUUCUUGAAUCUCGAUAAGGCUUUGGCUGGCUUUCCGCUUUCCAGUAUGGGGAGUACAUGGAGGAGAGCAAAACAGGGUCUUGGGUUGAAUCUCUGCGCUUUUGUUCCCACUACCCGUUUGGAUGACGACUCUUUGCCGUCGUCCUCCGACGCCGCUCCGGCGACUUCUGCCUCCCAUGUCAUCAAGCUGUCUAGAAGCAUAAGUAGAUCUUCUAAGAAUACAUGUGCAAUAUGUUUGGCCUCGAUGAAACGAGGGGAUGGCCAUGCUAUAUUCAUUGCUGAAUGUUCACAUUCCUUUCACUUCAACUGUAUUUCGUCGAAUGUAAAACAUGGAAACCAAGUCUGCCCUAUUUGCAGAGCCAAGUGGAAAGAUAUCCCCUUGCAGUGUCCUAGUUUGGAUGCUCCCCCUGGAAGGGUGAGAGUCAAUCCUGUGGACUGGCCUCAAAAUAAUGCAUUAGUUACAGCGCACCAUUCACCACGUCCUCAUCCGAAUCAGGUGCCUGAGCCGUCUGUCUUUGAUGAUGAUGAGUCUCUGGGACAUCAACUUGAUUCAGCUCAGAGAAUCGAAUCAGGAAACCGAACAGUAGAGAUCAACAUGUUCCCAGAAGUUCCGUCUUUUAGAAAGUUUGAUUCUUGUGAUCAGUUCACUGCCUUGGUCCAUCUCAAAGCUCCUAAUUCAAUUCCAAGGCAGAAUAACGAGGUUGAUGUGGUCCAGGUUACCCAAUCGCCCCGUGCUCCAAUUGACCUUGUUACAGUUCUUGAUAUCAGUGGGAGUAUGGCAGGAACGAAACUCGCUCUCCUUAAGAGAGCUAUGGGGUUUGUGAUACAGAAGCUCGGUCCCAAUGACAGGCUUGCAGUGAUUGCCUUCUCUUCAACAGCCUGCCGCCUUUUCCCCCUUCUUAGGAUGUCGGGAAGAGGAAGGCAUAAGGCACUGCAAGCUGUGAACUCGUUGGUUGCAAACGGAUGGACUAAUAUUGCUCAAGGCUUGAGAAAGGGCGCUAAGAUAAUGGAGGACCGAAGAGAAAAGAAUCCUGUUGCUAGUAUAAUAUUGUUAUCUGAUGGUAAAGACACACCUACCGUCAAUCUUUCUGGUGGAAAUGGGUCGACUUUUAAAAUCCCUGUGCACACUUUUGGUUUCGGGGCUGAUCAUGAUGCUUCGUUAAUGCACAGAGUUUCAGAGGUAUCUGGAGGAACGUUUUCUUUCAUUGAAACGGAAAGCGUGAUCCAGGAUGCAUUUGCUCAGUGCAUUGCAGGCCUUCUGAGUGUUGUUGUCAAGGAACUCCGUUUAAGCAUUGAGUGUGUUCACCCGGGAGUCCGUGUUGGGUCUUUACGAGUGGGAAGUUACUCGAACCACAUAAUGCCCGAUGGGCGAAUGGGAUUCAUUGAUGUUGGGGAUUUGUAUGCUGAUGAGGAGAGGGAUUUUCUUGUUUCAAUCAAUGUGCCUAAUGAAGUUUCCAGUUACGAAACUUCGUUAUUGAAGGUAAGGUGUGUCUAUAAGGAUCCCUUAACGAGAGAAAUUGUGGAGUUUGGAAGUGAAGAGCUUAGGAUCGAGAGGCCCGAAGUAGGAGAACAGGCGAGCGUGUCAAUAGAAGUGGACAGACAUCGAAACAGGCUUCAAGCAGCCGAGGCAAUGGCACAGGCACAAGCUGCAGCAGACAAAGGAGACCUCGUUGGGGCAACUUCCGUCCUCGAAAACUCCCGAAAAGCAUUGGCAAUGUCGGUGUCAGCUAAGUCCCACGACCGGUUAUGCAUUGCCCUCGACGCUGAGCUCAAGGAGAUGCAGGAGAGGAUGGCGAGCCGACAUGUUUAUGAAGUGUCUGGAAGGGCGUAUAUCUUGUCAGGACUGAGCUCACAUUCUUGGCAGAGAGCAACGACUCGAGGUGAUUCUACAGAUGAAUCGAGUCUGAUAUGGGCAUACCAAACCCCCUCGAUGAUCGAGAUGGUUACAAACUCUCAGGCUGCACUUCUCGGCAGCCCUUCGGCUCAGAGGCUCGUUAGACCAGUUUGGUCCUUUGGCUUGCAACCAAAUCCAAGGUAACGCGGACCGGAGGUGUUGAUUCAACAUUCUAAUGUUGAGUUUAGUCCAAUUGGAAGAUGAAAAGUUUUUGAGUGUCAAUAUCUAUCUGUUGCUUAAUCAUCAUGUAAACCAAUAAAAUUGGCCCAAUGCAAAUUGGUGAGAGUGUAAUAUAAUUUGGGAAAUGGGAUUGAGGGAUAAACUAGGUAGAUUAUUUUCUUUCUGCAUUGUAGCUCUGCAAUCUGCAUUAUUGUUGGGAGUGAUGUACAUAAGGAGAGAGAGAGAGAGAGAGAGAGAGAGAGAGAGAGCUUUUAUGUCUAGGAAACACAAUAUAAGUAAUUGUAAUUGUGGAAUUGCUAGAUGAAGUGUUCAUCUAUUGAAAUCCUGUCAUUGAUCAUGGAUAAAUAUGGAGUUUGAUUCUUGAAA